UUAUCCAUGUUCUUUUUUGUUUCUAGCUAAACUUCAUUGACUUCAUGCUGUGUCGGAGUAUAUUUUCGUUUGUCACAAAUUUUAUCGGAUAUUAUAUAUAAUAAUUGCAAUUAACGAUGCCUGCGACGAACGCCGAGGAUGAUCCAUACGCACACGUUGCGAAGGGCGCCCUAAAAUUGAAGACUGAUCAGACUGUCAGCAAAAAGAAAAAGGAUAAAAAAGGAAAAAAAAAGAAGUUGGUGGAGGUGUCCAAGAUCAUCGAGGAGGAGAAAUCUCCAAAAGUGGAAGUGAAGCGAACCAAGGCGGAGCUUGCUUUUCAGAAGAUGCAAGAGAAAAUGCAAACUGAAAGGAUCAAACAGAAAGCCUCUAAAACGCAUAAACAACGAGUAGAGGAAUUUAAUCGACACCUGGACAGCUUAACGGAACACUUUGAUAUACCUAAAGUGAGCUGGACAAAAUAAACUGCAAUGUUUCUUAACAAGUUUAUUUAUGUAUUCAUAUAUAAUGUAAACAAUUGAUUUUAAGUUAAAAGUAUAAAAAAGUAUGACAUUUUGCAUAUCUGUAUAUAUAUUUCAUGUAUAUUUGUAAAAAAACUCACUUUAAUUCAAUUAUUUAAGGAUUUGUUCAAUUCUAUAAUUCUCAGUAUCACAUGAUAGAUAUAAAAAUCAACAAAAAAAUAUUACGAAAAAUUGUACUUGUAAAUUUUAGAAAUGUAUCCUUAGUAUUAUGCAUUUAAUAAGAUUAUUGAGUACAUUCUACUUCGUUCUCGUUGUGUAUAAUUAAGAUAUAAUUAAGACAUGAUGUAUAUGUAUGUAUGUAUGUAUGUAUAUAAAAUAUAUCUCAGGAUUGUAACUAA